AUGGCACCCUCGGGAGAAAUCUACCAGAAACAUGCUCCUCACAGCAGGACAGAGGAGGAGGCCCAGCCAAGUUUCGACAUCCAAGCCAAGCCGAGCGGGAAUGAACCCAGCCCGCCCAGUGGCGGGUUGGUGCUCGGCGGAGGCCAGACCAUCAAACUGAUGCUGGUGCCCGACAAGCCGGCGACGCCUCCUCCGACGCCGGCCAAGAAGGAGAAGCCGCAUCCUCAGUCGAAGAUGAAGAAGUUCUGGACCAACUUCGACCCCGAGUACGUCGGCAAAGUGACGCGAGUGCUGCCGGAGCGCAUCGGCGACACUGACCUGACCACCAAGCUGCUCGGCGAGACGGCCCAUCGAGCCGUGCAGUCGUAUGAGAACGCCAAAGAGAGCUGCAUCCGCGACGUGAACCGCAUCAUCAAGGAGUGUCGCGCCGCCAACCAGAAAUACACCGACACCCACUGGGACAUUGAGCGAGACCUCAAGAUCACCCGCAUCCGGGACUGUCUGGACGGACUGGUGGUGGACAACGACGACAAGCAGUAUCCGGCGGAUGCGAAGCGCGUUACCGACAUUUUCGAAGACCCCAAAUUCUACGUCGAUGGUGUGUCGUACGACGACAUGUUGCAAGGUUCCGCAGGUGACUGUUGGUUUCUGGCCGCCAUUUCGGCCCUGGGAUCGAAUCCGGAAUUCAUCGAACGGGCGUGUGUGAUCCAAGACCAGGCCGUGGGAGUGUACGGCUUCGUGUUCCACCGAGACGGCGAAUGGCAUCAAUGCAUCAUCGACGACAAGCUGUACCUGCGGGCGCCGGCAUACGACGAGAGCGGCGACAUCGUGCUCGGGCAGUACGGGGUGCGGCGGACGAACCAAGAAGACCAGUACCAGGAACUGUUCCAGCGCGGGUCGCAGUCGCUGUACUUUGCGCAGUGCCGGCACCAGAACGAGACGUGGGUCAGCCUGCUGGAGAAGGCGUACGCCAAAGCGCACGGCGACUACGCCUCCAUCUGGGGCGGGCAGACGGGCGAGGCGAUCGAGGACCUGACGGGCGGGGUGACGACCGAGAUCUACACCACCAACAUCCUGGACAGCGAGGCCUUCUGGCGCGACGAGCUGAGCCGCAUCGGCCGCGACUUUGUCUUCUCGUGCGCCGCGGCCCGCUGGCGCGAAUGGCGGCCCUACCUGGUCGCCAACGAGAAGAUCCGCGAGGAGCGCCGCGCCGGCAUCGUCAGCCAGCACGCCUACGCCGUGUUGGCCAUCUACGAGGGCCACGGCCAGCGCCUGGUCAAGAUCCGGAACCCGUGGGGCCGCAAGGAGUGGACCGGCCCCUGGAGCGACGGCUCCAAGGAAUGGACGGCCGACUGGCUGCAGCGGCUGAACCACCAGUUCGGCGACGACGGCAUCUUCUGGAUGACGUACAAGGACAUGCUGAGCAAGUACAAGUACAUCGACCGCACGCGCAUCUUCGGGUCGGACUGGCACGUCGCCCAGCAGUGGAUGACGGUGCAGGUGCCGUGGAGCACCAUGGACUACCAGCAGGUGCACUUCUCCAUCGACGUGCCCGACGACACCGACGCCGUCAUCGUGCUCUCGCAGCUCGACGACCGCUACUUCAAGGGCCUGCAGGGCAAGUACAACUUCACCCUGCAGUUCCGCGUCCAGAAGGACGGCCAGGACGACGACGAAUACCUGGCCCGCAGCAAGAUGACCUACGAGCUGGUCCGCUCCGUCAAUGUCGAGGUGCCGCUGACCCGGGGCUCCUAUACCGUCCUGGUCAAGGUCGAGGCCACCGAGACCCGCCGCGACGACGUGGAAAAGGUCAUCCGCAACAAUAUCCACCGCCGCGACAAGAUCACCCAGAUCGGCAAACUGUACGAUCUGGCCCACCAGAAGGGGCAGUUGCCGGGAUCGUCUUCCUCGUCUUCCUCGCCGUCUUCCAUGACCCCGUCCGCCUCUACAUCAGGCACCUCGACCCCCAUGUCGGGCGGAUCCCAAAUUCGGGAUCCCAACCCGGCUUCCUCACAGGCGGGCGAGUCCAAGGAUGAUUCCGAGGAGAAAGAGAAAGAUCCGCACCGCAAUCCAUGGAACGCCAGUUGCGUCGUCGGACUGCGCGUCUACAGCAAACAAGCCGACCUUGGCCUGAAGGUCGUGGUGCCGUCCAAGGAGGAGAUUGACGAAUCCAAGCACGUGCCCACGCUGGACCGGGACGACGUGGCGAAAAGUGCCCUGGACGAGGCCCAAGCCGCGGCCGGCAAGGGGGAUGACGAUGGUGAUGGUGAGGGUGAGGGUGGUGGUGAUGGUGAUGGUGAUGGUGAUGGUGAUGGUGAUACUGCAGAACAUGCCGGCGAGGAAAGAAGUCAGGGGAAGGAUGGAGAGGGGGAAGUACAAACACAAGCGGAAGCACAAACAGAAGUGGAAGGAGAUAUCAACGAAGACAAGAAUGCCGAUGGCGAUGGACCUACCGAUCAAGCCCAAAUCAACGGAGAGGCCAAAGACACCGACGCCGAUGCCGAAACUGAAACUGGACCCGGAAUCGAGGCUGCCACGACGAACGACCGAGUCUAA